AUGCCAAGAUUUUUUGAAAAUCUAGAUGAUAAAAAAAAAUAUAAUUCCUCUGAUAAUGAAGAAGGAUUUGAGUGGGAAGAUGGAUACUUUAAUAAAAAAAGUUUAUUUCAAAUUCUAGUUGAUAAUAUAAAAAAUUUAAAACCAUCUAAACGUCUACUUACAUAUCAUGGAAAUUCUGAUAGAACAAAAAGAAGGAAAAGGAAGUCUAUACAUGAAGCUAUUAAGGCUAAUGGUCAAACAUUAGAUAAAUUUUUUAUAUUGAAUAAGAAUGAUGAUGAAAGAGAAGAAGGAAAUGGUGAUGAUGAAAGAGAAGGGAAUGGUGAUGAUAAAAAAGAAAAAGGGAGUGAUGAGUUAAACAAUCAAUUAUUAGAUGAAUAUAUCUUAAAAAUUGAGAAUAAACUUAAAACUAAUAAAAAAAUAACAUCAGGUCAAAAGUUUUUAAAAUGUGUUCAAACUUGGGCUAAAUCAUAUGCAUUAUAUGACAAUAUUCUACAAAUUGGUCGUGGUAAAUAUCCAGGAAAAAGUCUAAUUGAUAAUGAAGAUAUUUGGCUUAAAAUUUUAUCAUAUUUACGAAAAGUAAAAUAUAAUGUAAUAAUUCAAAGUUUUUGUGAUUAUGUGUUGUCAGAAAUAUUGCCAUCCUUAGGAAUUGAAACAAAAACAACAAUAAGAUAUCAAAAAGAAAUGUAUGUAGAUGGACAUGAAAGACCAGAUGUAGUUGAAUACCGAAAACAAUUUUUUGAAAGAAUUAGCAUGUAUCAAAAUCUAAUGCCAACAUUUGAGAAUAUUAUUAGAAGAUUAAAAUUAAAUAAUGAUCAAAUAAAAGAAGUUGGGAAUUCUAUGUAUCAUGAAGUACGUGUAAUGAUUAAUCCAGAACUUUCUAAAAAUAUGAAGCCACUUACCCCAAAAACAUGUGAUGCAAUUGUUUAUGGGCAUAAUUGUGAACAAUCAAGUUAUACAAUUGCUAAACAGUUGGGAUGUGGGAAAACAACUGUUAAUGAUAUACUUAAGCGCUUUCAUAAAACACACUCCUUAACACCAAAAAAACAAACUGGUCGUCCACCCCUUCUUAAUUCACCAGCUCAGCAAUAG